AUGGGAUCUGCAGUUAAAGGUACCAAGCGUUCUGCUCCAAAGAACGCCACUUCUGCUCCUGCCAAGAAGGCCAAGGUUGUUGCUAAGCCUGUCUCCCCAGAGUCUGAAGAAAGCGAAGAAGAAGAAGACAGUGAAGAUGAAGAAGUAGACAUGGCUGAAGAAGAAUCUUCCGAAGACGAAUUAGACGAGUUGGACGACGAUGAAACCAAGGUGAACGCCGAUGACGACUCCGACUCAAGCUCUGACGAUUUGGAAUCAUCUGACGAUGAGGACAAGGAAGCCAACUCAGACGACGAAGAAAAGGAAGACUCCGAUAAACCAGUUGACCCAAACAAGAAGACCUCCAAGGAACAACACGCAGAACAAAGAAAGGUUCUUGCCGAACGUAAAUUGCAAAGAAAGUCCGGUACUGAAGUCCAACAAAUUAAGAAUUUGUGGGAAAAAUUGAGAGUUAAGAAGCCAACUCCUCCAAAGCAAGUCAGAGACAAGCUUUGUGACGAGAUCUGGAACUUGUCCAAGGACGUCAUCUACGACUUGGUGUUGAAGCACGAUGCUUCUCGUGUGGUGCAAACCUUGGUGAAGUUUUCUCCAAAGGAAAGAAGAGACGUCAUUGUCAGCUCUCUUAAGGGUUCCUACUACCAAUUGGCCACCUCCUCAUACGGUAAAUACCUUCUUGUCAAGCUUUUACAUUAUGGAUCCAAGGAAUCUCGUGCUCUCAUUGUCGACGAACUCCACGGGAAGUUGCGUAAGUUGAUGAGACAUCGUGAAGGUGCCUACGUUGUUGAAGAUUUGUUUGUAUUGUACUCUACCACCGAACAAAGACAACAAAUGAUCCGUGAGUUCUGGGGUGCUGAAUACGCCGUUUUCCGUGACUCCGGAAAGGGUAAGAGUGUGUUGGAUGUCGUCCACGAGUCUGCCGAAAAGAAACAACUUAUCAUGGCCAACUUGCUGGGAACCAUCACUGCAUCUGUCGAAAAGGGCCUGACUGGAUUCCAAAUUCUUCAUGCUGCCAUGAAGGAUUACACCACUAUUCUUUUGGAAGAUACCGAAGCACAUGACAAGCAACUCCGUGAAUUCAUCGAGCUUCUUACUGAACAAUUUGCUGAAUUAGUCCACACCCAAGAAGGUAGUGAAGUCGCAUGUAAGUUGAUUGCCGUUGCAUCUGCUAAAGAAAGAAAGCUUAUUGUCCGUCAUUUGAAGACUCAUGCAACCAACUUGAUCAAGAACGAAAACGGUAACUUGGUCUUGAUCACCAUCUUCAUGACCGUCGAUGAUACUGUUAUGUUGCACAAGUCCUUCAGUGUUGAUUUGUUCACCGACGACUUGUUGCCUCCUCUUAUCCAAGAUAAGUUCUCUCGUAGACCACUUUUAUACCUUUUGAACGGCUUGGACGGUAAGUACUUUGCUCCAAACGUGAAGGCUGCCUUACAACUGUACGAAGCCUUGGCCUACCAAAAGACUUCCAAGAAACCACAAGAACAAAGAAGACUCGAAUUAUUGCUGCGUGCCCUCCCUCUUGUAUACGGUACCUUGAUUGCCAGCUCCAAGCCAGACUUCAAGUACCCAGACCUUGCAUUUGACAAGUUGAUGUUCGUCAACAUUGCCGCCCAGGUGAUCACCGAGUUGAUCUUAACCCCAUCUCCAGAAGAUUCAGAAAAGGAAGUUUCCGAGUUACGUCCACAAUUGGUUGAUGCCAUUUUUGACAUAUCAGUAAAAGGAGACGUAUUGGAAGACCACCACUUAAUCAACAAGGUUCCAUUUGUUUCCAGAUCCCUCAAGGCUUUGAUUCAAGGUAACGAAUUCAAGUGGGACAACGCCGAAAAGAAGUUGGUCCGCGUCGAAGGUGAAGACGUGAAGAUACCCGGUGUUGGUGUCGAAUUUGCUGCCAGAGUCGUUGACGAGAUUUUGGAAAAUAACUCCUUGGAAGCCUGGUUAAGCGGCCAAGGUGCAUUUGUCAUUGUUGCUGUGUACGAAGUUUUGCAAUUGCUGCAAGACGCCAAGUUCAAGGACCUUAGUAAGGCCUUGAAGAAGAUGAAAAAGACCUUAUCUGGCGAUAAGGAUAACAAGGGAGCGCAGUUGUUGUUGAAGCUCAUGUAA